AUGGGGCUCUUGUGUGACCCGGUGAUGGGGGACAAGUGGGAUGGCGAAGGCUCUAUGUACGUUCCGGAGGACCUCCUACUGGUGUACAAAGAGAAGGUCGUGCCCGUUGCAGACAUCAUAACCCCUAACCAGUUUGAAGCUGAGUUACUGAGCGGCAGGAAGAUCCACAGCCAGGACGAAGCCUUAGCGGUAAGGGAGACCUUCCAGGUGCUGGUGUGAUGGGACGUGCUGCACUCCAUGGGCCCCGACACAGUGGUCAUCACCAGCUCCGACCUGCCCUCCCCGCGGGGCAGCGACUACCUGAUCGUCCUGGGGAGCCAGAGGACCCGGCACCCCGACGGCUCCGUGGUGACCGAGCGCAUCCGCAUGGACAUUCGGAAGGUAGACGCCGUCUUCGUGGGCACCGGGGACCUCUUUGCUGCCAUGCUCCUGGCAUGGACACACAAGCACCCCAACAACCUCAAGGUGGCCUGUGAGAAGACGGUGUCGGCCAUGCACCACGUGCUGCAGCGGACCAUCAAGUGUGCGCAAGCCCAGGCCGGGGACAGACAGAAGCCCAGCCCGGCCCAGCUGGAGCUGAGGAUGGUCCAGAGCAAAAGGGACAUCGAGAACCCGGAGAUCGUCGUCCAGGCCACGGUGCUGUGAGGACCGCGUGCGUGCGCCCGCCUCCCGGCGUGCAGCGUGUCGGCGUGUCCCACUUUGUCCCGUGAGAGAUGUGACGUCUGCCUUAGAGCCGUGACCGAGACUUGACGUGUCUUUUCUUUCGUGCGUGUCCAGCAUCCGCUGGUGUUCAUCGUGAAAUCGUGCCAGUCGUGCUUUUUAAAAAUAACAAAGUGA